AUGCGAGCGGGCUGCAUCCGGGAAGGGCUCGGCCUGCGCUCGCAGGGAACGGGGACAGGACGGGAGGGAACGGCUUCAGGGGAGGGACACCGGGACAAUCCCUCCAGGGAAGGGCUGGGCCGCGUUCGCCGCUUCCGGGCGCCGCUUCCGGCUGGGCCAUGGCGGCGCUUCCGCUGUGGGCGGGGCCUUUGCCGGAAGCGCGUGCGGGAGAGGCGGCGGGAGGCGCCGGGACCCCCCCGGAGCCCCCGGGCCCCCCGAGACCCACGGGGCACCCCGGCCGCCAUGGCGGGGCAGGCGCAGGUGUCGAUGGCCUUCGAGGACGUGGCGGUGUUGCUGAGCCGGGCCGAGUGGGACGCGCUCACGGCGGGGCAGCGGGAGCUGUACCGGGAUGUUGUGUCCGACACCUACGAGCUGCUGACCUCUCUGGGUUAUCCAGGCCCCAAACCUGACAUCCUGCACCGGCUGGAGCGCGGGGAAGAGCCAUGGAUCUGCUCAUCCCCAGGACACGCUGGGAGCUGGCUGGAGGAGCCUUCCUCUGGCUGGUGGCCCAGUGCCAGCGGGUACCAGGGGUUGGAGACCUCUUGUCCAGCAGGAUGGAGCACGUUGUGGUGUCUCCAGGACAAGAACUUCCAGAAGUUGUAUGACUGUCACGAGGGAAGGAGUGAAUUCCCGUCAGAAGCAGACAGUGGAGUGGGGAGCCAAGCCCAGCCAUGGCCUGUGAAGGAGGAAGUGGAGGAUAAACCUGGACCCAUGGAAGACCUAACCCACAGCGGGACAAUCCCGCUUCAUUCUAUGAUGGAACAGCAGAGCCUGCAUCCUUGGGAAGAGAUGUCGGAUGGCCCUGGGGAGAGGAAUCACGGGAAUGCCCAAAACCAUGGACACAAUGUCGGAGAGGCAACGCUUCUCCUGGGAACCCAGGGGCUGCGGGUGGAGGAGCGGCGAGCGGCAGUGGCGAAGGACCACGGCUACUGCCUCCGGAGUGAGCCGGGCACGCCCUGCACCCCCCGGCUCUGCUGCCUGUGGGAGCACAACUACUGCCAGCAGCGCUGGGAUGGGGGCAGCCGCGAAGCCGCGGGCAGCCGCGAGGCUGGGGGCAGCCGUGAAGCCGCGGGCAGCCGCGAGGCUGGGGGCAGCCGUGAAGCCGCGGGCAGCCGCGAGGCCGGGGGGAGCCACAAGGCCGGGGGCAGCCGCGAGGCCGCGGGCAGCCGCGAGGCCGGGAGGAGCAGCGAGGGCAGCACCCUCCAGGCUGUGCGCCGCCGGCUGGCACGGCGGCAGUCCCACUGGCGCAGGACAUUCCGGAGAGCCAGGGAGAUCCUGCGGCACUACCAGCCCUAUUGGAGGUUGGGGUUUCCCUGGAGAGACCGCUCCAGCUCCGGCGGUGCCACACAGGGGACAAAGCCCAGGGUUUGUCCUCCGACGGAUGCUGCCGCGCCGCGCCAGCUCCAGCACGCCGGGAAUGCUGAGGGGGUGACAUUGGACGCACGACGUGCCCCGGAGGGGAUUUUGGGAACUGGGAGUUCACCCCCUGCCCAGAUCCUGGAUGCAGGGGUGGGGAAGGAAGUGAAGCCUCUGGAGCAUCCCGGUGCCAGGCAGGAGCUUGAAGGAUAUGCGGAACUCCAGAAAUCACAGGAGGUGUCACUCCAGGAUGUGUUCCGGAACGUGCUGAAGGCGGUCAGGUACAUACUGGACUCCCUGUGCCAGAAGUUUGAGCUCCAGGGGGUCUCCCGAGGGAAGAGCAUCUGGCCCAUCAUCAUCCAGAUUGACAACUUGACGGAGAUCAGGAAGCUCUGA